UUGAAAUUAAAUGUUUGGCAGUACGUUGUUCUGCAUAUAAUAUGAAAAUUUUUGUCUUAAAAAUUACCCUUUCUAAAAUAAAUUAAAGAAAGAAAGACAAGUUUAUUGAUAAUAUAACGAGUUCUUUAUCCAUAACAAACUUUUAGUUUAAGAAGCAUGGAUUGGGCUUCUUCACAAUGGAAACAAGAGCUUCCACCAUUAGCUAUUCAGAAAAUAAAUACACUGGAAGAAAAAAUUGAAAGACUCCAGAAAGAAAGACAGCAAAAGCAGUUGCAGUGUGAAUGUCUGGAGCUAGCUUUGGAAAAAGAAAAGCAUAAGGUUGAAAAUGAAAAACAACAAACAAUUGCCUCUCAACGAGAGUUUCAGUCGUUAGCUGAUCUUUGUAAAGAUUUUGAAAAUAAACAACAACGACUGCAAAGUGAAAUACAGAAUCGAGACAAUAGAAUUACAAGUUUAGAAGGGUUGCUAUCACAGGCAAAAAAGGAAAACUGUAGGCUUCAGCAGUUAGAAAAUGAUCUGAAAGAAUUGAGAGGUGUACGGGAGGCUACUCUUUUAGAAAGGGAACAAAAGAAUGGAAAUUGUGAUUCAGGACAAAAUGUAAAAUUGCAAGAAACAAAUGUUAAUUUGCUUUCAGAUUCCUUAAAUGAAAAUUCUGAAAUAAAUAUUUCAGCAGAAAAGGGAAAAAACAACUAUGCUCCAAAUGAAAAUGAUCUACUUUUUUCAUUGAGAAAGAAAAUAUCUGAACAAGAAAAAGUUAUCCAGGAAUUAAACUUAAAGCUUGUCUCAAUAUCUGAUAAGGAAUGCAGCAAAGAAAUUCUUCAUACUUCUGCAAACAUACCUGAUAGAACACAACUGGAUUCUUUGGAAGUUUCUCCAGCUCUUAGAAUUAAAAGUGUCUGGAAUUCAUUUACAUUUACACCAGCAAAAGGAAACAAAGAAAUUGUAUUAGGGCAUCAUAAUGAUACUAUUACUACUGGUCCUGUAGAUGAAAAGUUGAUGGCUCUGCAGUCUCGUCUGAAGCAAGUGUGUCAGGAGCUAGACUGCCAGAGGCAUAACUUUGAGGCAUCCAGAAUUUCCAUGGAACAAAAAUUUAAAGAAAAAGAGAAUGCACUGAAAGUAGAAUUGAAAUAUCAAGUUCAAGUUAAUUCAGAUUUGAAUAAAGAACUUAAAGACCUUAGGAACAAGUACCAACAAGAGAUGAACCUUUCAACAAAAAAAUUGGAUGUUUUAACAGCACAAUUGAAAAAGACAGAAGAAGUCAAAGAGAUUUUAGAAAAAGAAUUAAAGGAUAUGGAGUCUAAAACUAGUACUUGUAUUCUAAAUUUGAAAACAAAGGAGGAAGAAAUUCAAGAUCUUCAAAAAUGGAAAAAUAUGGCUGAAACCACAAUUCAGUCUCUACAAUCUCAAGUUCUAGAUGUAGAAAGAGAGUACAAGAAGAUUGAAGAACAGAAUUUCUCUCUAAGUGAAACUGUAAAAGCUGUUGAACUUCAACUUGAUAGCAGCUGUAAUCUUGCCCAAGAAAGAGAAGCUAACCUUGCAAGUACCAAGAAAGAAUUAGAAAAUAUAUUAGUUUCACAGAAAAAUUUACUGAAUGAAAAUCAAGAACUUCAGAAUAAAGUAAUGACUAGUCAAAAAGAAAUUGAAGAACUUCUUCAAAAUGAAACUAUUUUGAAAGAGCAGAUCGAGUUGAUGGAAAAGGAACAAAGCCAGCUGAUUAAUAAAUUGAAUUUUGAAGUAAAGAAAUCUCAAGAUCUUGAAUCUGCUUUGGAAAAACAGAAUUUGCAGAUUUCCUUGCAAAAGGAAGAAUUAUCCCUAAAGGAAUCAAAAUAUACUGAGCUUAACACUGAAUUUACAAAUAUAAAGUAUGAAUAUGAGGAAAAAGUGCACGACUUCGAAUGUAAGUUAAAUCUUACUCAAAAAGAAAAUGCAGAACUUCUUCAUCAGUUUAAAGAAUGUUGUUCAAGAGAAAACUUUCUGAAGGAAAAGUUGGAGAGAACAGAGAAUGAAAAAGAAGAACUUUUGGCAAAGCUUGAAAAUGAAGGCAAAAAACUACAAGACAUUGAAAUAAAUAUGACAGAGAACCAACAACUUAUUUCUCUCUUAAAACAAGAAUUGUCUAAUAAAUCUGCCACAAAUAAUGAAUUGAUUAAACAGUUGGGUACUUCAAAAGAAGAAUUUGAAACUAAAAUCCAACAACUGGAAAUAAAAUUAAGUACUGUGGAGAAUGAAUACAUUGGCGUAGAAAAUAAACUUCAGGAAUGUUCUUUAACUGAAUCAUUGCUAAAACAGAAGCUGGAACAAAGCAGUACUGAAAAAGCAGAAAUUGUUUCUGAACUGACAACAGAGAAAAGCAUAAGGUUAAAUCUCCAAUCUUCUUUAGAUGAACUUAACAAUCAGAUAAAAUUAUUGGUGAAAGAAAAAGCAUGCAAAUCUUCAGAAUCUGAUGAACUGAAGAAAAGAAUUGCAGAUAUGAAGAUUGAACAGGAGGAACAACUAAAUGCUGUGCUGAAGAGAGAAAACAUGCUAGUAGAUGAAAUAAAGUCAUUGAGAAAUGAAAGAGAUUCACUUAAUGAAGAAUUAGAUUCUUUAAAGAAUGAAGUGCAGAAGUAUGAAGCCAAGUCUUCCGAGUUAAAAUUGAAUAUACAUACCUUAAACAAUGAACUCUGCCAAAAAUCAGCAGAUUUUGAUAAAAUUCAAAACCAAACUCUACUGUCAGAGAAAGAAUAUGAGGAACAACUAAAUGCUGUGCUGAAGAGAGAAAACAUGCUAGUAGAUGAAAUAAAGUCAUUGAGAAAUGAAAGAGAUUCACUAAAUGAAGAAUUAGAUUCUUUAAAGAAUGAAGUGCAGAAGUAUGAAGCCAAGUCUUCCGAGUUAAAAUUGAAUAUACAUACCUUAAACAAUGAACUCUGUCAAAAAUCAGCAGAUUUUGAUAAAAUUCAAAACCAAACUCUACUGUCAGAGAAAGAAUAUGAGACUAAAAUCCAACAACUGGAAAUAAAAUUAAGUACUGUGGAGAAUGAAUACAUUGGCUUAGAAAAUAAACUUCAGGAAUGUUCUUUAAAUGAAUCAUUGCUAAAAGAGAAGCUGGAACAAUCCCGUAUUGAAAAAGCAGAAAUUGUUUCUCAACUGACAACAGAGAAGGGCAUAAGGUUAAAUCUCCAAUCUUCUAUAAAUGAACUUAACUAUAAGAUAAAAUUAUUGAUGGAAGAAAAAACAUGUAAAUCUUCAGAAUCUGAUGAGCUGAAGAAAAGGAUUGUAGAUAUGAAAAUUGAACAGGAGGCCAGAAUUCAAGAUCUUAAUGCAAAAUUAUCUAGCAUGAAUGCUGAAUGCAAAGUUUCACAAAAUGAACUUAAGAAUUACUUGAUUGAAUAUGAUUGCAUUGAAGAAAAAUUGAAAUUAACUGAGGAAAAUAACAAAAAACUUCAUGAAGAUUUGAAUUCGGAGAUAAAAAAAUCGGAACAAUUGCGAUGCAGUUUGGAUGAACUAAAAACAAGCUUAUCCAAUCUUGAAGAAGAACUGUCAUUGAAAUCUAUACAACUUGAAGAAAUAAAUGAGAAAAUGGAUAUCUCUCAUGCUGGAUAUGAAGGAAAAAUACAAGACAUGCUAGCAAGUUUGAAAUCUGAUCAAUCAAAGUGCUCUUUAUUAGAGAACCAGCUUCAAGAAUAUGAGCUGAAUGAAAUUUCAUUAAAAAACAAAAUCAUAACACUAGAAAAAGAAGUUGAUGCACUUUCAUCAAGAUUGGGUGAAUCAAUUGAAGAGAACCAAAAAUUGAGAUCAGAUUAUGAAAGCCAAGCAAGCAUGGUAUCAGUUUUAAAAGAAGAAUUGAAAGAUAAAUGCAUACAAAAUGAUCAGUUUGCUGCUGAAACAGGGAAUUUAAAGAAGCUUUAUGAGGUUGAUGUUCAAGAUCUACGAACAAGGUUAGCUGUGACUGAAGCUGAAAUUAGCACAGCUAAAAUCCUGAUCCAAAAUUAUAAGGAGAAUGAAGCAUCUUUACUGAAUAAAAUGACUUUAUUGAGUGCUGGAGAGCAGAAACUUACUUCCUGCUUACAUGAAGAAGUUUGUAAAAGAAAAAAUCUUGAAGAAAUUAUUGAAGAUUUGAAACAGUUUAUUUUUUCAUUUGAUGAUGAUUUGUCACACAUGUCUGAAGAAUGUAGAAUUAUUGAUCAAGAAUUUCUAGCUUCUCAAGAUUAUUACAAGUUCGAUGUUCAAGAAUUAGAAAAACAAUUGUCUGUUCUUAAGGAAAUGUAUUCAACCCAGGAAGCUGAACUGAAAAAUAAUUUAAUUUAUGCAAAUGAUUUAAAAGAAAAGCUGAAAUCCAUAGAAGAAGAAAAUACACACAUGUCAGCUAUUAUAAAAGAACAAAACUGUAGAAUUAUUUCAUUGCAAGAAGCAAAUGCCGAACUUCACAAAGAAAUUCUUAUACUGAGAGAACAGUUGUCCUCUCAAUCUUUUGAACUUUCUGAUUUGCAGAAAGCCAUGGAAAUUGUGGAUCAAUAUAAGGCUGAAGUUGGACUGGAAAAUAAAUUGCCAAAAAAGUUUCUUGAUUCCUCAAAAGAAUUGCAUCUCAGUGAGAAGAUGGCUUCAUUUUAUAUUUCUUCAUUUGAAGAAAAUCUCUCACUUAAGUCAUUUGAAUAUGAUGAACUUUCUCUAGAGAAUGAAACCCUCAAAGAAGAUUUUGAGAGGACUAUUCAGGAACUGCAUGCUGAAAUUUUUGGUAUCAAAUCAGAAAAUGAGUAUCUGCGUGCAAAUGUCACAGAUGCUGUAUUAAAUGUAGAAAUGUUGCAAAAAAGACUGGAAUUGGUUGAAAAAGAGAAAAAGGACUUAGAUAGGCAGCUAAAUUUUGAAAAUAAGAAAAUAAAGAUGUUGGAGUCAGGAAUUCAAGAAUUAAAGAAAGUAAUAUUAACAUUGCAAGUACUAUUGAUUUCUUAUAAUGGAGAUAUUAAGGGGCUAAAUAAUGAAACAACUGGUUCAAAAGACUACUGUGAAUAUACAGGUGAUAUAACAUUUACCAGCAUUCCUACAGAAAAAGGAUGUGGAUAUAAAUCUGGAGUUGAAAUUAAGAGCAUUUCAACAUUUUAUUCUCCAGAAUUCAAGUCUUUUUCCUCACUUCCAGAGAGAGAAUUUUCAAUUGCUUUGGAAAAGUAUUCAUUGUAUACAUUAAAUCAAAUUUAUGGCUUGGAAAAUAAUUUGAUAUCUAAAUUAGAAAGCUGUAAGUUCCUGUGCUGUUAUCAAUUAGUUGAUCAUUCACAGCUGAAUGAAAUGUGGAAAAUAUUCUUAUUUUUCAGAAAGAAAUUGAGCAAGAUUCAACUUUUGAAAAAAUUUAUGUUCUGUUUCUGUAAUAUUUUAAAAUCAAGCUUAGUUGCUCAUAUACUUCAUAGUGUUAAUAAAGUUGCACUGGUCAAAGUCUUCCCCGGGAAUUUUGGUUUUUCACUGAAGGACUUCCUUUAUCUGUGCAACAAUGCUUUCAAUAAAAUACUGUUCUCUGUUUCACAAACAUUUGAAAGAGAUUCAUCUCUUGUGAAUCAGCAUUCUGCUUUUUUCAGUAAUUAUUCUAAUAUCCAAAGCAAUACUUUUCACUUACCUGUCAUCAAAAGAACUGGCUUUAUAUUGUAUCAAGCAAAAUUUCAACGAGUUCAUUGGAAUUUAAAACCUAAACAUGCUUCUUCAAAGAAAUUGGACAGCUUGUUCUCCUCAAGAAAGCAAGCUGUUAAGAAAGCUUUGGAUGCAUUAAAUGCUCCAGAAGUUCCUUUAUUCUUGAAUUUUACUAUGUCUUUAAUGGAAAAGAUAGGGAAGGAGUUUUGCAAUUCAAGUGAUUUUACUGAAGCUACAUCCAAAAAUUUUUCCAUGUCUGCUUUUCAAAUGAAGAAUUACCUUUCUUUGUUAGAACCAUCGUCCCCAAUGCUUCAUAUUGUCAGUAAAUAUUGUGUAGAUGUUUUAAAUUUAGAAAAUAUAGCUGUGCAUGAUAUUUGUUAUUGGAAACAUCAUUGCAAUAUUUUAGGAAUAGACAAAUGUGAUGUUCAAAAGAUGAUAACUUUGUUAGAGCAUAUGGAUAAACACAAAAGAUGUGAACGUGACAUAAGAAAUGCCAAGUCAGGAGAUAAGCACACAAAAAAAGACAUGAUAGUCCAGACAAGUGAAAUGUAUCUGGAACAAUCUUUAAAAAUUGAAAAAGAGAAACAAAGAUUACUCAAUACCGCCAUAGAAGAGAUAGGGAGAGACCUAAGAGAAACGAUUCGUGAAAAAGAAAAAUUCAAAAGUUUGGCUUUAGAUGUUGGCAAAAUGUUAGUUUACUUUAAGAAAUAUGAUGCUGAAAAUUGUUUAUUUUCCAACCUCCACUUGGAUCAAGAAGAAUUCUCUGCUGAAACAUGCUUUUGUGAAAACUGUGUAAUGGACGAAGGUAUGUCUGAUAAUUCAUCUCACGAGGCACUUAAUUUGCAUCAUUGCUUGAAAUGGAUUGACAAAUUAAUUUGUGCUGGGCGUAGACUGGAAGAAGAAGUAUAUGGACUAAAAAUAAAUGAAGAUGAACAGAAAUCUCUUUAUGAAAAAUUGAAAGAUAAAAAUUCAGAACUAGAAAUGACUGUUGACAUGUAUAAUAGAAAAUUAGAAACUAUUAAGAAUGAAAUGCAGAAUGUAACAUACGAUUUACAGAAGCAAAAGGAGAGGUACGAAAAUUUGUCACAGUCUGUCAUUGAAAAGGAUAUGUUAAAUAUGCAGCUUGAAACUGAGAACACAAAACUUUUGGAUUCAAUUGAUGAAUAUAAGACUAAGCUAAAUAUAUGGGAAGAAAAAAUUUCAUCACUAUCUGUUAAUCAGGAAAAACUUGAAUGUUCUCUUCUGUGUAAAGACACAGAAAUUGCUUCACUUAAGGCCACUUUGGAUGAAAAUUCCUGUCAACUGAAUGAAACCCAGUUAAAAUGUGAAAAAUACAGAAAUGAAAUUCAUCUUUUAAAUAGCAGGAUUUCUAAAUAUGAAGAAGAGAAAAUAAUUGAUCAACACAUGUUAUCUCAUUCUUUUGAUAAUUCUUCAGUACCUGAUGAUUUGGUUAAAACAUCAAAAACUAUCAUCAAUGAAUUGCAAGCCAAAGUAGAUUCUCUGACCAAAUCCAAUAAUUCUUUACUUUUAACCAUCGAAAAUAUUGAAGAAGAGCUGAAAAAUGUUUAUAUGGAGAAACAACGUAUUAUUGAAGAAUUAGGGAGUCUUUCUGAGCACAUUGUUUAUUUUAAACAAGAAAUUUCUGUGUCUGCUCAAAAGUACAAUGAUGAGAAGAAAAUAAAUAAAGAUUUGUUGUUGAAAUUAAAAGAAUAUGAAAAGCUCAUGCUUGAUAAUGAAUAUAUGAUUAAUCAGUUAAAGAUCAAAGAGGAAACUCUAGAAAAGAAUGCUAUUUUAUUAAAAACUGUGACAAAAGAACAUGAACAAGUGGUUUCAAAAAAGAAUUCAGACCUUUCAAGAUGCCAUCAAAUUAUUGAGCAACUGCAAAAGCAAAUUACAGAACUUGACAAAGAAAAUUCUAAUUUAAAAGUUCAAACAAAAGUGGUUGAUAAACAAGAAUGCUUAAAGCAUCAAUUGAAUGAAUUGAUGUUUGAGAAGUCUCAGUUGGAGAAAGAAAUCAAAAGACUUAAAUUGAUUGAAACAGAAAAAGAGAAAAUAAUGAGAAAGUUAUCAGAAGCUAAUUUCCAAAGAAAUGACUUAACUGAACAAUUUCAUCACCUUAAAAUGGAACUUGAGACACAGAAAGAGAAGAGCACAUGUUUUGAAAUAAAGUGUACUGAAUUAAGUAGAUCUUUAACAGAUGCAAUCAGUUCAAAUACUUCUUUAGAAAAAGAACUGAAUAAAAACAAAAACUUAAUUUCCAACUUAAUUCGACAACUGGAAGAAUCAUCAACUGAAUUGAAAAAAGUAAAAAAUAUUAAUUGUGAAUUAACUAAAGAAAUAGCCAAUUUUAAAUCAAGGGAAAAGCAGUUAACACAAGAGAUAGAAACUCUAUCUAAAAAUCUUAAAGAUGUAAUGGAUAAGGUUAAAGCUGAAUAUAACAGAAACCAAUCUCUAAUGAGAGAAAAUGAAACUCUUAAAAUGAAUGAUAAUGCACAUUCAAAUAUUAGUGGUGAACUCCAAAAACUGAGAAAUACUUUGAAAGGUGCCUGCCAUUUUAUUACUAAUAUACUCAACAUUAUUUUAUGUGCAGUUCAAAGUUAUCCUGAGAGCACUGACUUUGAAGAAUUAAGACUUAGUUUGUUGGCAUCGGUGGUUCAUUGGACCCAUAAUUCUGAAAAAGAAUUCGAAACAGAUGUGUUUGAUCAACUGGGUUUAUUUUUUGGAGCACUUAUUAAUAAUCAUAAAGAUGACAUGGAGAUUUGUCAACUUAUCUCAAUUAUUAAAGAUUCUAUAAAGGAAGUUGCAACUAUUGGCGAUUCCUGUCAAGGAGUAGAAGCAUCUCUAGUUAUUUCACCUGACACCAUGUCUAAUAUGUCUGUAUUUGAAAGUACUUUUAUCAAGCAAAGAAAUAGUCAUUCUCAAAGUGUCUUAGCUGAUUUGCAGUAUAUUAAAACUCAGACAAAUGAAGUCAUUUUUAACUUUAAAAACAUUAUUUUAAAGAAGACAGAAGAAAUUGAAGAGUUAAAAAAAGAGUUGAAACAGCAUUCUUCCACAUCAGUAAAAAAUGAAUCCAAGCCUAUGGAAUUGGACAAAAAUUUUAAAUGGAAGUAUGAAUUAAUAAAAAGACAAUAUCGGCAACUGGAAGAAAAGUAUAGUAAAAUUGUCAUUUCUUCUGAGCAGAUGGAGCAGACUAUUAAAAAAUUGGCAGAGCAAAACAGAAAUCUUGAAGAAGAAGCAGAAGAUUUAAGCAAAGACAUAAAGAAUAUGCAAACUUACUAUUCUAAUUCCGAUGAACUUCUUGAUGCUUUAACAGAGCUUAAUGCUUUAAGACAUAAAUUAAAAGGAUUAGAAAAUGAAAAUAACUGGUUGAAAAAAGGAAUUCAAGAAUUCCAGUUACAGCAAACAAGUACUGAAAAAUCAUCUUCUUGCAGCCUGAGACAAACCCAAAUACCUAAAUUUGAUAGAACAUGCCUCAAAGAAAACAAUACCAACAGAUUAAUGAAAUGAAUUUGGUGGUCAGAUGAAGUCUUAUUCUAUUGAAACUAUGCUGUGUGUGUUUAUAUUUUUGUUAUGAUAUGAUGUCCAAUCAAGAAGUUUGUAUCAUUUAAAACUCGC